AUGGCAGAUGAGGAGGCUAAAAGGAAGCAGACGGAGAAGGAACGGAAGAAGGCCGAGGUGAGAGCUCGGCUGGAGGCCGCAUCCCAGCCAAAGAAGAAGAAGGGUUUCAUGACCCCAACCCGCAAAAGGAAACUCAGGACCCUAUUGAGGAAAAAGGCCGCUGAAGAAUUGAAGAGGGAACAAGAGAGGAAAGCAGAAGAAAGGAAGAGGACAAUUGCCGAUAGGUGUGGACCCGCUAAAGAUUUGGAAGGAAUCAAUGAAGCGAACUUACUCACAAUCUGCAAGGAAUUCCACCAAAGGAUUUCAAAGCUGGAGGACGCCAAAUACGACUUGGAAUUCGCCGUUAGACAGAAGGACUAUGUGAUUAGCGAGCUUAACAUGCAAGUGAACGACCUCCGUGGAAAAUUCAUCAAACCUCCACUGAAGAAGAUAUCCAAAUUCGAAAUGGGCAAGUUCGAGAAACUGUUGCGAGCUGCCAAGAAGUCAGACGCUGACUUCCGGGUUAACUUGAAGUCCGUUGGACCAUCCACCAAGUUCAAGCUGGAAGAGGACGUGAAAGAGGCUAAACCUGACUGGGCUUUGGGAGGCAAGGAAGGUGGCAAGAAGGGUGAUGAGUAA